UCCCCUACAACACAACACAACCAUCAAUCAUUCAUCACUGUCUUGUCUCAAAGACAGUUCGCAAAACCCACUCUUAAACCCUUUCCUUCCUUCAACCUCUCCAAUCCAUGGCAAUUCUCCCCCUUCGCCAUUUCACCACACAAAUGCAAAUUCCUCUCACAAACCCCACCUUCAAACCCCCACAAAUUUUCCCAUUUCACCACACAAUUCCCUCUCCAAAACAACAACUUUCCUUCCCAACCAAUUCCCUUAAAGGGUCAGGUUAUUUAUCCGAAAUAAGCAAAGCAAUCGAUUACGAAGAACAGUACCGAGUUGCGAAAUCACAGGUUCAACGUAAAGGUUUGGACUUGGAAGGAUAUUCAAUUGAAGGAGUUUCAAUUGGUGGACAUGAGACUUGUAUUAUUAUUCCUGAGUUUAAAUGUGCUUUUGAUAUUGGAAGAUGUCCCACUAGAGCUAUUCAUCAGAAUUUUGUUUUUAUCACUCAUGCUCAUCUUGAUCACAUUGGAGGGCUGCCAAUGUAUAUAGGAAGUCGUGGUUUAUAUAAUUUGAAGCCUCCCACAGUAUUUGUACCUCCAUGCAUCAAAGACGAUGUUCAGAAAUUGCUUGACGUUCACAAGACAUUGGGCCAAGUUGAACUGAAUUGUGAAUUGGUUGCUUUGGAUGUCGGGGAGACAUAUGAAAUACGGAAUGACCUUGUUGUUCGACCAUUCAGAACACAACAUGUUAUACCAAGCCAGGGUUAUAUAGUCUACUCAAUCAGGAAAAAGCUGAGGAAACAAUACAGUCACCUGAACGGGAAACAAAUUGAGAAACUAAAAAAGUCAGGUGUUGAGAUUACAGACACUAUAUUAUCUCCUGAGGUAGCCUUCACUGGGGAUACAACAUCAGAUUUUAUGCUUGACCCACUUAAUGCCGAUGCAUUGAGAGCAAAAGUUCUUAUAACCGAGGCAACUUUCCUAGAUGAUUCAACCACAGUAGAGCAUGCACGCCAACAUGGUCAUACCCAUAUAUCUGAGCUCAUUGAAAAUGCUCAGUGGAUUCGCAACAAAACAGUUCUGUUGACUCAUUUUUCAUCGAGAUACAAUAUAGAGGAUAUUCGUCAAGCUGCAUCAGAAUUGCAGUCCAAGACUUCAGCAAAAGUGGUUCCACUUACAGAAGGCUUCAAAUCACAGUACACAUAGGUUUUCAAAGUCGACAGAAGUUGCGCCAUUAUCCGUGUAUCAAUGAGCACCUAGAGAAAGAAUGUAACCAGUUUAUGAAAAAGAAUGUUACUGAUAUUAUUGUUUCUUGUAAACCAGUGAAUUGUAACUGUAAUGUAAUUACAAUUAGUUCAGCGCUAGAGAUGUUAUCUAAAUUUAGAUGAAUUUGGUCCAAAACAAUGAUUUAGACCUAAAUAGGUUUUUUUUUUU